AAUUAUCUGAAGUUGGAGAGAAGUAUGUAGAUGAAGAGGUAAAGAAAGCUUUGAUUGGUAUUAAGCAGAUGAAAAUUAUGAUGGAAAAAAAUGAAGACAAGCAUGUAGAUCUCAUGAAAACCUUGAAGAAGAGCAGUGAAGAAAAACAGCAAGCCUUGAGACUUAUGGAUGAAGUAAAGGAAAGACUGGAGGAAGAAGAAAGACAAUGUCAAGUAUCCUUGAGAAAUUUAUGGGAUGAAUGUGAAUCUUGUUUAGAAAGCACCUGCAUGAGAUAUUACACAACUUGCAGACACGGUGUGUCAACAUUUAAAAGAAAGGUUGAAGAUUUUUUGAGGAAAAUACCUCCACUCAUAUUUACUUUUCAUGAGGAUCAAGGAAAAGACAUCCAAUUUAAUGAAAACCCUGAGAAAGAGGAUACCCAGCUAGUAAAAAUGGAAGAUAUAUUCAGCCAACUAUUAUCGGACGUGGGCGCAAUAGUUGACAGAAGUUUCAUUUUUUUCAGACACAUGCAAAAAGAAUUUGACCAGUCUUUUCAGACAUAUUUCAUGUCUGAUCUGGACUUGUAUGAGUCCCCCAGCAUGCCAGUUUUACCUGAGGACACCACCAGAAAUGAUGGCCUGCAGAAAGGCUGGGCUAUGCCUGGCUUCUUACAGACAGUUUUUGAUUUCAGUAGGACAGUGUUUGAAGGCGUCAGUGAGGUGAUUACCGACGUAUUUGAUGAUUACAGAAAUUAUAGAAGAAAUGUGUCAGAACAAACCAAAGAUCCUGACAGAAGUGGCAUGUUCUCAAAAAUUGUGUCAGGGCGCCAGAGACCUCAGUGCAAGGAAAUUCGGGAGAACUCCUCUGGAUGCCCACAGUUUCAUGAGAGAUGUCAGAAAUGUCAAGACAACCUUUUGCAUGAUUGCCCAAACGUUCCUGAGCUGCACAUAAAGUUUGAUGAAGCCUUUAAGCUGGUUAAUCUCUCAGGGGAGCAGUAUGAGCAGAUUCUCCAAGUGGUGGUACCCGGGGAUCCCUCCAGUAAAAACGAAACAGUGGUAGACGUGAAUAUUCUGACUUCACCUACUUUCACCAUUAAAGUUCCUCCCAACUUAGACCCAAAGAGUCCUGAGUUCAUUGAAUACAUUGCUGGGAGAGCACUGCAACUGUAUAAGCAGAAUUUUUAA